UUUGCUUUACUUUUUAUUUGUUGCAAGAUCUCGUGCUUGGUAUUAAAAAUAUUUUCACCCUUUUUCGCACAUAACAGACACGCCUUUCAGCCUCUUUUCACGAGACACGCUCGAGCGUGACUCAUAUUCUUGAUUAUCGUGCGAUGCACGGCUGACACGAUUUGUCGUACGUACUUACACUGGCUAGUAGCGGAGAAACGUGGAAAGUCCCACGAUCGUUAGUCAGAAAGUAACUGCUGCGAUGAUUCGUAAUCGUGAAAGAAAGUAAACUGGAACGCCUUUCCGUGAGAUUUUGCGACGACUUCGCGACUUUGCGCUUUUUGACUUCUGACUCGAAUAACAAACGGUACAAUUAUUAUUCGAGUCUGCCGGCUCAAUAAAAACUCCGCAAUGAAAUAAAUUUAUCGGAUUAAAUAAUGGAAUCUUCUAUCGUUGAUUUAUUAGCUUAUCUUAUUUUUUACAAAGAGAGAGAGGGAAGAAAAAAAAGAAUUAUAUGUCAAUAACUAUUCAUUUGUUUAUUCAUUUAUUUAUUUAUUCAUCUUUGAAUCCGAUGCGUUAAGAAACAAUUUGCAAAUAAUAAAAAUCAACUCGCGAUUCAAAUGAAAUCGUACGUCCUUAACAUUUCGUUCGCUUUUAAUAAAUAAUCUCAUUCGAUAUCAGAAUAGUUCGAAUAGUUUUUAAUAAAUUUGUACUGUUACAUAGCAAGAAUCCUUACAGGUGUUUUGGCAGUACUACUUUCGGUGUUCUCAGAAUCGAGCUUGUUCCACUUAAGAAUCGUUUUCGUUGCCAACAUGGCCCUCUUUGCAAACAUUGCCCGCGUGAUACAGUCUUUGAUAAUAAUAAGACUGUCGUAUAGAUAUAUAGUAAAUUCUAAAGGCACGUUCGUAAUAUAAAGAUACGAUCGUGUUUGAAGGUAAAGUAAAUAAGUGAAAAGAAAGAAAAAAGAGAGAAGGAAAUAAAAGAAAAAGAAAAAGGAAGAAAGAGAGAAGAACAAAGGAAAAAAAUAGCGAAGAGAAUCCUUGCUCGUCGUUUAGAUGCUUAGAAAAAAGAAAAAAGAAAAAAGAAAAAAGAAAAAAGAAAAAAAAAAGAGGAAAAAAAAUACUUCUUCGUAGUUGUCGCAGAAUAAUGAACAAACGAUUCGAUUAUCGUAACAAAACUAGUCGUUUAAUGAAUCAUAUCGUUUUACGAUCACGUCUUCUACCGAUUCGCGAAGGCGUUUACUCGAAGGUCAGAACAACUGAAAUGAUAUCGAACGAUCGAUUUAACGACGCCAUUGUCGGGAACGUAAUUCAUAGUUUUAUUACUGUGCUAGAAUAGAGACAUCGACGAUUUGAAGUUGCAUCGUUUAGCGGGCGUACGAGUCUCAUUGCAAUUUGCAAGAGAAUUACGUACCUUUUCCUCUUUUUUCUUUUAUUUUUUUUUUCCUUUUUUUUAUUUUUUUUAUUUUUUUUUUUUUGAAUAAAUUAUACAUCAAUGAUGAUAAUAAAAAGAUUUCCAGGUAUUCUUCGAAGAAAUAUAAUAAGUAUGUUUUUAUAAAAACAUCUAAAGAAGGAAAAGCUUCUCGUCGAAAAGAAAAAGAAAAGGAAAGAAAAGAAGAAACAAAAGUGAAUGACUUUCGACCUAAAAACUAUCUGCAAAAUUAUUGGCCAUAUCGUUCGGUUUAUCUUCUCCUCGCCCUUUCCGACAAAACUUUUACAAUUCGUCUUAAUGACCAAUGCAAAUAUAAACCAUUAGUUCUCGUUGGGCUCGUUUCUCUACUAUUUGUCUUUAUAGUUCUGUCGUUUGCUAAUCCCCUGCAUUUUUUCUCGUAAAUUCUAAGUGUUUCUGUGGUACUAUCUAUAUCUACCUAUCUAUUUAUCUAUCUAUUUAUACAUACGUAAAUACAUACACACACACACACAUAUAUAUAUCUGUUCUCUUAUCUUUUUCUUUAUAGUAGUCUUUCUUGUAUCCAGGUUAAACCGAAAAAAGAAAAGAAAGGAAAAGAGAGAAAGAAAAAAAAAAGUCUAGACUAGACCAUUGAAGUAACCCAUACAAUCUUGAAUGGCGUCAAUGGAGAUCGUAAAGUCCAUUACCGGAGCGUGCUGGCUCCAGCGUCAAUCUAAUCGUUGAUUGACAGAACAUCCUAGACGAGAGAAGAAAAUUGUGUUGUGGAAAUUUCUGAAAGAAGCGAGAGAGAGAGAGAGAAAGAGAGAAACAGAGCGUAUAUCUUUCUAACUGGGUCAAAGAAAAUCGAUAAGACGUUACGGAAAUUAAAUAUGAAUGCACGAAGGUUGUUCGAAAGAAAGAAAGGAAGGAAGAAAGAAAGAAGAAAAAGAAACAAAGGAUAAAAAAAGAAGAGAAAAGGAAUCUUUUUUCUUUUUUCUUCUUUUUUCAAAAACACGAAAAAGAAAUGUAUCUGCAAGAUUUUUCCAUGAGCGUAGUUUAGUGCCGUGCAAGCGAGUUGCCAAUAAAAUUGCAAUCUAUUGCAAAACAUUUACUUCUGGUUUGCUUUCGUCACAUCGAUAUUAUAGUAUACUAUAUGCGAAAUUUGAGAAGGAUUGCAACAUUACAAAAUUACUUAGGCACGUACUUACAUCUCGAAGAGGAGAAAAGAGGGAAGAAAGAAAGAAAAAAAAAAAGGAAGGAAGAAAAAAUUAUAAUGAUUGAUCGUAAAUCUUAAAUAAAUGUUAUCUUCCUUCUAACUGAAUACCAAAAACAUAAAUUUUAUUAAUAAAUAAAUGCGUGCGUGCGUACGUGCACGUGUGUGUGUGUGUGUAUAUAUGUAUAUGUAUGUAUAUAUUUUUUACAGAGAAAAAAAGAGACAACGAGGAUAGAAAGUAAUUCCAAGCUCGUAAUAAUCGAGACGUAAAAAACAGUUUGAAAGAUCAUCGUGAUCAUUAAUCAAGACGGAUAUCGAAAGUGAUUGAAAUGACUAAAUUAGCACCGUCCUUGCGUCUAUUUCCGUGCGUUAAUUACGAGCCAGUAGGUAUAUUCAUACAUACAUACAUACAUACAUAAAUAAAUACGUGCAUACUCACGUACACACACAUAUCCAAACAUAUAUAUUCAUACAUACAUACAUACAUAACUCGUGUGAUGUAACAGCGAUCCACAGAAAACAUUUAAAAGUGAUGUUUUACGAUCGAUCUAACGCACAUGCGAGAUGAACAAUAAAAAAAAAAAAAGAAAAAAAAAACAGAAAAAAAAGAAGAAAUAAAAACAGAAGGAGAGAAAAAAACAAUUCCAUUCAGUAUGGAAAUAUCUAUUAUUUCUAUUAAUCAAUUUUGAAAUCGCGAUCGCGAUCGGUGGAAUGAGUGGAAGAAAAAGAGAAAAAAGACAGAAUAAAUAAAUAAAUAAAUAAAUAAAUAAAUAACUACAUAAAUAAAUCAAUGAACAAACAAAAUCGAUGCAAUUCGAUGCAUCGACAAAGUUUAAUCUUUGUGGGUGUAUAAGAGAUAUAGGUGACGAACUCUUUUUCGCGAGGUCGUUCUGUUAUUCUUAAAAGGUCGACUUAUAAAUCAUUCAUAAGCGACUUGUGUAACGAGUCGUGAUUAAUUACUAUUAUCUCUCUUUCUCUUUCUCUUUCUCUUUCUUUCUCUAUCUCACACACAUACAUACACGCAUAGAAAUACAUAUGUAUGAGAUAGAAAAAUCGGUGAGAGCAACCGUGUGAAACAUAAGGCAGGCCCAACGUUUCUUCUCGCUUUUCUCGUCUAUCAAACUCGACGUUGAAGCUAUCAUCUCUCGGCUGACUAAUUAUCACAAGUCCGAGACGAAUUAAGUACGGUCAAAAGUUGUACUCAGGAUGUAAGGGAUGUAGCAAAGAUCCAAACGAGCUUAUCUUUGCCCUCGAUCUCUUCUCCUCAUCCUUCUCCUCGUCCUCCUUCUCUUCUCUUCUUCCUCUCUUUCUUCCUUCUCUUCCUUCUUUUGCUUCUUAUUCCUCUUCUUCUUUUUCUUCUUCAUCUUCUUCUUGUUCCUCUUAACUUAACGUUUCUCUCUUUACCGGCAGGAUGCAACUAACAUAAGCACGUUUCAAAGACGAUGGGCGAUUUCUUAUCUCUUGUCAUUAAGCCUCUUGCGACGUUAUUUGCAUUCGCUUGCUACAGAAUGUUUGCGUUAACCGAUUUCGAAUCGAUUAGAUUCGAGAAGGAUGGACUUGAUAUGAAAUAUGUAUAUGUAUGUAUGUAUGUAUGUGCAUGAAUACAUGUACGAUAAGAAAUCAAUUGAGAAUAUAACGUUGAUUUAUAAAUAAACGAACGAGACGAUCGAAGAGAAAAUGUUUCUAUCGAAACGAUCGAAAACGUUAUAAUCGGAGAAAGCGAAGAGGAGAGAAAGAAGGGUUAUUAUCGUCGACGAAAAAAAUAAAUAAAUAAUUAAAAAAAGAAAAGAACAGGAAGUCAACGUGAAAGGUUAGACGUAAGAUUUCUAUGCAGUAACAAUUGAAAAAUGAACAAAUAUAAAUAAAGAAAAAAGGAUCUUUCCUCGACUUCUGCGUGGUUCAAGAGACGCAGUGAAAGAGAGACUUCUUCUCGAAGAGGAACUACGUAUAAAAAGAAACAUAAAUAAACGAAUAAAGAAAUAAAAAAUAAGAAAAGGAAAAAGAAAUAAAAUAAUACUAAUAGUAGAGGUUAACGUUUAAUGGCGAAAGUCAAGAAAGUAACCGUCGCGCUACAGAGCGAGGUUAACAACGAAGAAGAUUGGCAAGAAUUGUUAGAACGGCCAGGUCUUAUAGUAGUUGACGUUUAUUCCGAUUGGAGUGGACCUUGCGUAGCUAUGAUCGGUAUCCUACGAAAAAUCAAAAUGGAGAUUGCAGGUGAAGCGAUAAACUAUGCGAUUGCUAAGAACGACGAGAUCGAAGAUCUUCAAAGAUUUCGUGGUUUGAGCGAACCAGUAUGGAUGUUUCUUCAAAAUGGUAAAAUGGUUAACCUGAUAUUCGGUGCUGACGCACCGGUAUUGCAAAAAAAAUUGUUGACCGAAUUCCGAAGGGUUCAGGAGGACAUAUCGCCUUCUUGGGAAAUUUCUCCUAGUCAACGUGGUCCCAAAGAAGACGCACGAUGGCAAAAGGAGGAAGCCGUAAGGAAAUUGAUCGAGGAUAAGGAGAGAGAAGAGAAAGAGACUAAGGAGAAGGAAGAAUACGAAAGGUUUAUGGGACAAAUGACGUUGGAACUUAGCGAAUUGAUGAUCGUUGUUAUGUAUCCAUGGGUAUUUAAGGAUAGUCAAGGGAAUCCAAAGAUCAAAAUGCAAUGUCUACCUUAUACGGAAUUGGUACGUGAUCUACUCCGACAAUUAUACGAUGUUCAAGAGGAAUUAAGGAUUCAACUUGACGAGGAUAGUAUAAAGAAAAUGUUCGUCGAGAGUAACGUCGUAAUUAACGACGAACUUAUAACAGGCUUGACCGAUGGCAAAUGUAUGGCUAUUAGAUUGAAAGCUAGACCACCGCCAACAGAUUGGCCUGUUCCUUAUCCUUACGUAUGCUUUGACGAUGUACCACCUGAAAAUUGUCCUGUAAGAGCUAUAAACGACGUUGAAAUCUUUUUUCACGAUUUGUUAGAGACUCAAUCACAUAGAAAAACCAUUGUUGGUGAUUUGUUCAAAAUGCCAAGAGAUUCGAUAAGUGGUACAUAUAUGGAAAGAUAUUUUUACGAAUACGAGGCUGAUCCAGAAGACGAAGAAGAUACAGAUAGAAUCGAUCCACCUAUUUGGGCACCCUCUAAUGUAUUCAUAUUUAUUUCUGACAUUCUUACGUUCUUCGUUUUAUACGAUGCAAGAAGUAAAGUACACGCUUUCCUAACACUAUUCCCAGAAUACAUGGCCGAGAAUCAUCAUUACGAAGUACCAAAACCACCAGCCCCUUUUUGUGCCUUUAAAUAUCAUGCCAAAAAGCUUGAAGAUUUGAAAAAUAGCGUUGACAGUUAUUCAGAAGCCGUUAUAUAUUUUGGUGCCUUUUUGUACGACGAUCCUCUCUUGAUACGAAAGAUUGCUGACAAUAUUGAAGAGUUUAAAAAAAAAGUACCGAAAGCAACGACAGAGGUCUUCAUAGUUAUUAUCCGAAAGAUAAACGAAGAAGUUUUCUUAGGAUUUGCUGGAAUCAAUCCCUAUUAUGCCACUGAGAACGAAGAUGAGGUAAAAAAAGUGAUCGCCAUUUAUUUCUCAGAGGAAAAGGAGGUUAUUGAAGAUUAUUAUUACGCGGCAGAAGAGGACGUGGAGGAAGAAUAUUACGAAGAAAACGUUUAUUAUUAGCUUAGAACGAAGGAAAUGUAUGUCUGUGCCGGUGUAAAAAAAAAAAGGAAACAUAUAUAUGGAGGACAGAAAGACGUGUAGAUUCGUUUUUACACAUGGCAGUAAGUGCACAUUCGUCGAUUAGCUCGAUAUCAUCAUCGAUAAGAUCACAAAAAUAAUAAUAAUGUGAGAAUGAAAUUUAUGACUCUUAGAAUUGCGAGUGGGUGGCACGUUUAAAACAUCAUCGAAAAUGAAUACUCAUGAUUAUUCCAAGGUUAAAAAUCUGUAGACAUUUUUAUCGAAUUGAAUAAGCUACGAAUGUGUGUCGAUCUGCACAUACAUACAUAUAUAUAUAUGUGUGUGUGUGUAUAUAUAUAUAUAGAAUAGAAGCUAAUAAAUAAAAUGCAAACUCCUUAAAGUAUAGUCCUUUUCAUUCAGAAACUUGAUAGUGACUAAUCUUUUAUCGUUUGGAUUGACCCAAACAAUUAAACCAUUAACCAUUUCAGACUUCUACCGUGCAUAUAUAUUAAAUUAUCGCGCCAAUCGACCAUUUUGAUUUAUAUUUUUAACCUUUCGAUUUGUAUGACAUUACAUUUUAUUGUCUAAACUCGAGGGGAAAGGGGAAACUAUUGUAUAUAUAUAUUUUUUGGAUCCAUACUUUUGUAAUGAUUUAUACAAUAUUUCAUAUUUCUUUUUUUCUUUUUCU